UCGUCCUUGCGUGUCACUCUCCCAUUUGUACCACGAAUGUCAUUUAUAUCUCACGUAUAAUAUGAAGCCUUUCUGUAUAUAUCUGAGGCAUUCAAGAGUCUUCCCAUGUCUUGACAUUUAGUAACAUCACCAUCUCCGAAUCAUCGUCGCUGAACCAUGCGUUCACCGGUCUCUCAUCCCUCAUCAGCUGUGCACCCAAUACUACAACUCUCAGAAUGGCCACAACGCUGAUGCCUACGAGACAGUCAGAUCUUUCACAAUUCGAACUGUUGAUCACUUGCAAUCCGCCUAUACUGCAGUCGCUGCUCGCACAAGCAUCGACUGAGGCCAUAUUCCGACUCUACCAAACCUCAUCUUUUCUGCGCGAUUUCUUCUCCAAGUCACCUACAUCAUGGCGAUAUAUAUCAUGGCGCCUGUCCCAACCAGCCGCGGUCACUGCGCUCACAGCGAAUAACGGGGGUGCUGCCCCUCCACGUCAAUCAAGCAAUUAUGCUCUCGAUCAGAUCCUCCUCAACGUCAUAAACCCUUUCAGUACAAGAUUGGUCAGCCUCGAAUUGGAUAAUACUGCAGUCAGUGGAGCGACGUUAACUUCCACAGUCUUGGUGUUGAGGAGAGACACAUUGCAGCACGUUUCAGUCCGCGGCUGCAAGAACGUAUCAUUGAAAUAUCACAUUAAUCCAUGGCUUCAGAUGCAUGCACUGGCGCGGGAGUCUCAGACGGCUAAUGGCCCACCUGGGUUCGAAACACUUGCGUUGAAGAGUCUCUACACCUACAGAUGCCGGCACCACAGGAGGAGGCCAUACCUGCCUAGUAGUCUGGCUCGCAAGGAAAGCGACAGUGAACCCACCCAUGAAUUGGUACUCACAUGUCACAAGUUGGGGAUUUGGACUGACACAGCUUGGUGCACCACACCAGGAGCCCGCUGCUAUCGUCGGCGGGGUUAUGUCAAGAUGAGAAUGCCGCAGGAUCCCAGGGAAGUAUGGGUCGUGUAUGAUCGAUUGUGGAGGAGCCGCAAUUGGCUUGGACCAAUCGACCAGUCAAGGACUCCGAGCGAUGCUGGCCCACGAAAACGGAAGCGCGAUUGCAGAAGCUGGGAGUUUGAUGAAGAGGGCAUCAAUGGCGAACCAAUUGGACUGAGAAACGAAGGCAAAGCGACCCCGGCACAUUUGCGUGAAACCCACAAGCAGUUUGUCGAGAAUAUCACCUGCCACAACUGUUCUGCUGAGAUCUUGGAACGAUGCGAACAGUGCUCGGUAAUGAUGCACUGCGUUGGAUGCAGAAAGACGCUUUGUGCAAGUUGUGCAUUCGAUCGACCGUACCUACGAAACAAACACGCUUCCGAAGAGGAAAGAAACAGGUUUUGGUGGGCGCCGGGUUGUGCUGUGUCGCCAUGUUCUAUGCAAGAUCAGGAUUUGCCUGCCAACGGCGUGAUUAUUGGGAGUCAAACGCAGACUGCUAAUGUCCUGCCUAACAUCAAGUUCAGAUGGUGCUGUACAGAGCCAGUCUUCUCUGGAGGAGGUGGUAUCACGUUCGGUGGCAGCAAUACUCGGGAGACAGACAGGAUACGUGCCGCACCUUUGCCAAGCGGACAGGGCUGGGAAGAUCCCGAAUUCAGUCCAGAUCGGUCCGAUCUGGGAAAGCUCACGGGGAGUUCUCACUCACGUUCACACGCGGCUUUGGCUCAUGGACCAGGAGGUCGCUGGUCGUCCAUGGACAACUUUUUCCAGACGGUCGAGACUUUGAGCCCACCAGGCUAUCCACCGAUUUCGGUCCCCAGAGUGCUAUGUGACGAAUGCUACAGUUCGGAGCAUUGGAAGCUCAAAUGUGAAGCUUGUUCUACUGCUUUAUGUCUCAAGCACGACAUAGGCGAUCGAAUGAAGGCGAGAAUAUGUGGCUACAGAGAUCUCGUGGCCGAGAAGCAAGAAUACAGGUCCCGGCAGAAAGCUCUGAAGUUGCUGGCUACCCUGAUGCGACACCGGAAGGAGAGACUUGGGGCAGCAAAACCGGUUCAAGAUCAGGACGAGACGAGCUCGAAGAUGACUGGUCUUGUAAAUGGUGUUGACCGAUUAUUCCUGCACGCAGGUGCUUCGACAACAGCUCAAGAGUGCGAGCCUGGGCCAAGCUCGCACAACGUGCUUUCAGCACAUGCAGCAGAACUUGAAGUUGGGCAGGCUGCUGAAAGUUUGCGAGCCCCGUUGGCAGAACUUGAUCUGCCUUUGCGAUCACGUUCCCCUGCCUCUGACACUACUGGACCUCAGUCUCGAUCCACAUCUCCGACACCAUCGGCACAGUCAACAUCUGCCACGGAAUCAGGUGCUCUUCCCUAUGAAACCGACUCGGAACUGCCAUCAAUGCCCAGAUGGCAAGGUUGCCAGGCCUUUUUCUGCCCGGCAACUCGUCCUCCCAGUGAUCACAGACGACGAUGUACGGCGGUUAUGAAACAGUGCCUCGAGUGCAAAGUGCAGGUCUGUGGUACUUGUGUCAAUGCCGAAGGUCCUCCCUGCCCCUGCAAAGGCUGCCGGGGCACGGUGCAGCCUGACGAGCCUACUUCUUCUGCAGGCCCGGCAAUGUCAGCAUAUGUCAAUGCUGCACCUGCAGACGCUGCGCCAUUUUACUGCCCGAAUUGUCGAUGGGAGAGAAUGCUGACGGGCAGAUGCAAAAGAAAGACUGAAGAAUUCCUGCGCGCUCAGUCACAAACUCUGCGGAAGAUGAAGAAACGAAAAGAUAAACGGCGCAAACCUGUUUACGACAGGCAAGGAGAGAGCAAUCCUCGCUCCGCAGCAGAAGACGCCAUUGACGGGCUGGUCGAAUUUUUCACCAGUCUCAACGUCCAGUUCUCGGAGACAGGUCAUUCAGAAGAGGUUGAUGCGAUGCUAGCUUUACCAGAGGUCGAUCCGAAUUCAGCAACAAACAUGAACGAUAUCCAGGAAUUGGAGGAUAUGGGAGCUCUGGCACGAGACUUGAUUCGCAGAAUACAACGUCUCCGAGAUCAAUUCAGGCCUGGCUCGUUGGCGGCUCUUGCGCUACCAGACAUUCGCCUCGAGGGCGAUCUAGAGGCCAGCGCUGCUGUCGUCAGACCUGCACAUCCUGAGCUUCCUAUACCAUUUCAGCCUGCUCCAGGACACGCCGGAGGACAACUAGAGGUCAUGCACGAGAACGAAUUGAUGCUGGAUCAGCCGGAAAUGGAAGAUGAUGAUGAUGAUGACGAGCAUCUCCUAGACGGACGGGACUCGAGUUCAGAGUAAGGUCCAUUGGGGAGGGAGGGCUCGCUGAGUACAGUACAAUGGGAUCAGGAUUCCAGACAUGACUUGAUCUGGCUGGAACAUGGGAAUUUCCAGGAUGAUUUUGUGAGAAUUUUUGGCAGACGCAUCAGCAAUGGCAUGAACGGGAAGGAGCAUGGCGUUCAGGACUCGGAGAAAAUGACAAUUGAAAUGAUGUUCCUGGAUCUUCAAAUCUCGAAAUUUCGAUCUUGAUCAUGGCGGGUGUCACAGCACCACUCAUUCCACCUUGAAUCUACUAGUAUCCCGCUCGCUCACGUAACACAUCUGUAACAC